AAACACUGAAGUUUCAGAUGUACACAUCUACAACCCUAAAGAACGCAUAAAGGACGUGUGUCUGUCCUCGGGAUCUACAUUUUCAAUCUUAUGGAAUAAAUUUCUCUCCAUACAGGCGUAUUGUGUGUAGCCAUGGCUGCAUGGGUGGAGGCGACCACAAGGGAACUGAGCCAGUCAGGGGUGCUCAUUAGCCCAGACAAAUCUUCAGUUUCAGCCUCUGCACCCUCUGGAGACAAGAGCAAGCCAGCAUUGGCUCCCAAACCCACCCUCAUGCCCAAACCAUUCUCCCUGCAAAGGAACGCCACCAUCCGUCCAAUUAAAGCCCCCAAAACCGUAAUCGGAAGACUCCCUCGAGCUGCCUCUUCUGAUAACCUUGACCCGUUGAGUUACACAAAGCCUGCUGAUAGUCGUGUUGGUGAUCAAAAAUGCCAGGAUCUCUAAAACCACCCUCAAACGGCACCUCUAAUGGGUCUAAUAAUAGCACAGGUCCUAAGCCUGUCCCGCUUGGCCCAAAACCUGACUUUUUGGAUAAGCCUAAACCAGCACCCACUAGGAAUGGUGUCAUAACAGGUUCUGAUCAUCAAAAAGGUCCCGAUAUAAAUCACGAUGUCACUGCUACCUUAACUAAAGACUUGAAGGAGGUCCCACCCAGGAUCAGGGCAAAGUCCUUGGGUGCUCAGGAUCAAAGAGUUUUCAACAAGAUGCCAGAAGGAGAAACCACAACCAGUAAGGCUGACGAUGGUGAUUCUUUACCAAUCUGGUCACAUAGAAAUCGUCUCUCCAUGGAACAGACCUCCAGGUUCGAGUCACCUUCUCAGCUGGAGAAGGAGGUUGAUUCUGCAAGAAGAGACAAUGAGAAAGCGAGGCCACCAAAUUCUCCUUCAGCAGAGUCCAAGUUGAAGUCUACAAAGCUACUGGUGGAGACAGGAGAGAUGGAGGGCAAGGAGGUCAGCGGAAGCAGCAUUAAGAGACGAAUCAGUCUACUUUUCGACCGUCCUACGGCCUCUCAACACAGGGACUCUUAUAUUAAAAAAGACACCACACCGUCAGAAAUAUCUGUCGACAUUAGGCAGAGAAUCAAGAAUCUUAGCUUGAACUCGGCUGAACCGAAGAUCCGUCUACCGUCCACUGGUGCACUGAAAAGGACAUCAAGCAACUCAGAUGAGUAUUCAUUUGAUGAGAGAGCACAUGAAAAACCUGCAGAAUCAGAACUUGUACAAAAUGGAUCACACCAGCCAAAAGGGCAACAGGCUGCUGAGAUCAUUGAGAUCAAACCUGAUGUCAAGGAGAAAGCAAAGGAGGCACCUACUCCCAAAUUUGGGUUUGAGAAGAAUGUACUGGUUGAGGACAAGAACUCCAUUAAUAAGGUGGAGGAUGAAGUUGAAGAGGGCAAGAAGAACUACGUCCCUGUGCCUCUGUACCGGAGGGUUGGGACUGACAAAGAAGCAGAGUCAAAGAGAGAAGAAGAGGAAAGACAGAAGAAGGAAGAGCAGUUAGAGACAGAAAUUAAACAGCAGGAAAAGGAAAGAGUUUUGGAAGAAGAGAGGAAGGCAAGACAAGAAAUUGAGAGACUGCAAGAGGAGAAACAAAAACGUGCUGAGGAAGAGAGAUGCUUGCAAGAGGAAAGAAGAAAGAUUGAAGAAGAAAGGGAAAGAGAUAGACAGAAAGAGAAGGAAAGAUUGAGACUGGAGAAAGAGAGAGAGAAAGAGGAGGAGAAGAAAAGAAUUGAGGAGGAAAGGCUGAGACAGGACAGAGAGAAAGAGAGACUAAGGAAAGAGAAAGACAUGGAAGAAAGAAGGCGGAUUGAAGAGGAGGAGAGACUGAUACAGGAAAGAGAAAAAGAGAGACUUAGGAAAGAGAGAGAAAUGGAGGAAGAGAGGAGACGAAUUCAGGAGUUUGAAAGACAGAAAGAGGAAGAACGAUUGAGACAGGAAAGGGAGAAGGAGAGACUGAGGAAAGAGAAAGAAAUGGAGGAAAGAAAACAAGUUGAAGAGGAGGAAAGGCUGAGACAGGACAGAGAGAAAGAGAGACUAAGGAAAGAGAAAGACAAGGAAGAAAGAAGACGGAUUGAAGAGGAGGAAAGACUGAUACAGGAAAGAGAAAAAGAGAGACUAAAGAAGGAGAAAGAGAUAGAGGAAGAGAGAAGACAAAUUCAAGAGAUGGAGAGACUGAAAGAAGAGGAAAGAUUGAGACAGGAAAGAGAAAAAGAGAGACUAAGGAAAGAGAAAGACAUGGAAGAAAGAAGACGGAUUGAAGAGGAGGAGAGACUGAUACAGGAAAGGGCAAAAGAGAGACUAAAGAAGGAGAAAGAGAUAGAGGAAGAGAGAAGACAAAUUCAAGAGAUGGAAAGACUUAAAGAAGAGGAAAGAUUGAGACAGGAAAGAGAAAAAGAGAGACUAAGGAAAGAGAGAGAAAUGGAGGAAGAGAGAAGACAAAUUCAAGAGAUGGAGAGACUGAAAGAAGAGGAAAGAUUGAGACAGGAAAGAGAAAAAGAGAGACUAAGGAAAGAGAGAGAAAUGGAGGAAGAGAGAAGACAAAUUCAAGAGAUGGAGAGACUUAAAGAAGAGGAAAGAUUGAGACAGGAAAGAGAAAAAGAGAGACUAAGGAAAGAGAGAGAAAUGGAGGAAGAGAGAAGACAAAUUCAAGAGAUGGAGAGACUGAAAGAAGAGGAAAGAUUGAGACAGGAAAGGGAAAAUGAGAGACUGAGGAAAGAGAGAGAAAAGGAAGAAAGAAAACAAAUGAAAGAGGAGGAGAGACUGAGACAGGAAAGAGAGAAAGAGAGACUUAAGAAGGAGAAAGAGAUAGAGGAAGAAAGGAAACAAAUUCAGGAGAUGGAAAGACAGAAAGAGGAAGAAAGAUUGAGACAGGAAAGGGAAAAGGAGAGACUAAAGAAUGAAAGACAAAUGGAGGAAAAAAGAAGGCAAAUUGAAGCAAUAGAAAGACAUAAAGAGGAAGAAAGACUGAGACAGGAAAGGGAAAAGGAGAGACUAAGGAAAGAAAGAGAAAUGGAGGAAAAGAGAAGUCAAAUUGAAGAGAUAGAAAGACAUAAAGAGGAAGAAAGUUUAAGACAAACAAGAGAAAUAGAGAGACUGAGGAAAGGGAGAGAAAUGAAGGAAGAGAGGAGACAUAAUAAGGAGAUGGAGAGACUGAAAGACGAGGAAAGAUUGAGACAGGAGAGAGAAAAUGAGAGAUUAAAGGAAGAAAGAGAGAUGGAACAGUUUAAAGAAGUAGAGAGAUUGAGAGAGGAAGUUCCUACUAGUUCCAAUUUGAUAUCUUUUGACUUGGAAGAGCCAGCGCUCUUGAGUCGAGUGUCCAAUGUCCAGGCCACCAAUAUUUUGCCUCAAAUCCCAGAGGUUCUUUUCGAUGACUUUUCCGUGAAACCACGAAGAUGGGGAACAAAAGCUAGACGUUCCUCAACACCUUCCCCAUCCAGAGAACCUACAGCAGUUGAUGUGAUUCCUGAGGAGCUGGACCAAAAGCCGGAAUCCCAGUCCAAAGAUCCUGGAUUCCAAAGAUUAGAUCAGGCAUUAAUGGACGACCUGAUUGGAUUUGAACCUGCACCUUCCAAUCUGCAGAUCUCUUCCAGUAAACAUCCGGAAAGCAGAAACCAACUCCAGACUGUGGAGUCCAAACCAGAGCAUUGGUCCAAACCAGAAACGAAAUCAUCUGCACCAUGGCGUGAUGAGGUCACAUCACAUGAGGGUGAGUUGAAGGACAGUGUACUCGAGGAUGUUGGAGUUCCGCUACAGGAUACAGACUUUGUCAUAAAGGAAUCUGACAGCCCUGAUACAAGCAACAUCAUUGUCGAUAAUGUCGAUGGAAAGAGCAGAAUCUUUCAAGCUCUGCACAGGGUUAAACAACCAAAUGUACCGACUGAUUCAGACAACACAAAUGCCCCAGGUCAAGAGGAGCCUGAACUUCUUCCCUUUCCUGAGUCCUUAGCUCCUCUCCUGGACUCGAGCGUGUUUCGAUCGAAGGUUGAUCUGGCAAAGAAACGGAGCAUCAAGCGUACCAGACCUUCACGAUCCGUCCGACAUAAAGCAGUGCUUCCCUCGCUGACAGAGGGAACAUAUCCUAAUUGGAGGUUCUUUGACUCCACAGAGGCAGCAGCUCAGUGUUCAAACGGAGGAGACUCAGAUUCAGAAGAAGAGCCUUCCAAAGAUUCUACUUACUCGCCAGCACCCAGUCAGCCGAAAAGAGUACCACUGUUUCCUGGAAUGGACCAAUCAGCCCUCAUGGCCCAGCUGAAGAGGAGAAGUGGAGCAGUAGAAGCAGACACACCAUCAGAAGGACUGACGACACCCUCUGUGCCCACACGCUCGCCCCGCGUACCCACCAAGUCCCUCGGCCCCAGAGUGCUGCCACCGGUAGACGCCAAAGACAGCGGCUCCGGCUCUUCACCGUCCUGGCUGCUUCAGCUCAAAUCCAAGAAGCGUACAAGUCAACCUGAGAGUGAAGUGUGAAGCUAAACGUGAAACCCGGAUCGCUUUCAAAGGAAGUUCUUCGUGCUUCACUGUGUGAUCAUGUCAGAAAGGUGCCAAAAGGAACUGACGAAUCUUUCUGCUCUUGAGGAUCAUACUGUUUUAAGAAUGUGUUGCCUCCUGGACUAAUACUUAAAAGUGCUCAUAUUCAAAAUGUUGCCAAGACAUCUUUCCCCCUUAUGCACCAUUUUACAUUGUAAUUGUGAAGCAAAUAGCCGCCAUCGUUAAAGAGCAGAUCCUGUUUACAGUUCAUCUACAACACCUAUCAGUCUUGGACCUACAGCUGGUUAUUUUGCAUUUACAUUUAUGAAUUUAGCAGAUGCUUUUGUUCAAAGUGAAUUAUAAGUGAGAAUAGAUUUACAACUGAUCCAAUUGAAAGUCUAUACAGUUGAGCAGAGGUAAAAUACACAUACAGUACCUUGUUGUGCUCGGUCUAUGAAAAUGGAAGCUAUCAGUAUAACUCCCUGCUAAAAUGCACUUUAAAAGAGUCAGACCACUGGAAAAAGUGCCUUAGGGGUUUUAGGCAUUUGAUUUUGUUUUUUAAAUCAUUAAUACAUUAAUUUAUACUUCAUUUUAAAGGUAUAUAUAUAUAUAUUCAAUAUGUCAUUGCUAUAUACAGUACAUUUUCAUUUUUUGUGCUAUGAUUUCAAGGCCAGUUUUCAUUGGACAAUACUUGAAACCAUUAAGAAAAUCAGGAAACGUCACUUAAGCAACUGAGUACAGAAUACAAUCCGCUUAAUGCAUUAUUUUUUGCAUCUUCUAUAUUUCUGUACUUUAAUUGUAUCUACAAAAGGAGCUAGAGAGUAGGAAAGCAGCAGCUGAUGUGCUUUAAUCUGGCUGAUUACCAUUUUACCCAAUUUUGUUGUUUUGUUUACCUUGUCGUUUCCUGCCGAUGAACACUUUCACAUAACACAAAUAAGAAUUGCAAUCCUGUAUAUUAAGCCCUUAAUUCUUUAUCUUUAGCAUCAAAACACAUUUUUGUAUAUUUUUCAGUCAGUUUAUCAUGUUUGUUAGAUUUCGGCUGUGUAAAUCGCUGCUGUUGACUAGAUGAAAAACGUUUACCUUAAAAGUUUACCAGAAAAAGUUCACAGGGAUGGAAUACUGACCGGGACAAUGGGGCCAGUGCCCAGGGGCCCUUGACUGCCGGAGGUGGGGUGGAGGUGGGGGGGGUGCUGUGCUUUAAGGUUGAUCCAGUUUGGCGAUCCCCUCCAUCAACAACUUUUGGAGGGGGGGCCUUUGAAAGAUAAUUGGCCCCAGGGCCUUUGCAAGUCAAAACCGCGUCCCUGUCUGUUCAAUACUGGGAAACGGGAAUUGUGUUUUUAUAAAAAUGUGUAAUGAAUUACAAUCACGGGAUGUGUUUAUUAAAUCUUUUUUGAAAUGGGAUGCAACUCAGUCUUUCUAGACAGAUAUGUCCAGUCUCCACACAUGUCUUGUGGGUUUCAGAUUCAUCAUUGUUCAUAGAUCUGCCAGUAAAAUCACUUAAUAAAAGAUUCAGAUCUUGGACACUUACUGUAAUUAUUCCAAUAAAAUAUUAUAGUCUGUUGCAACUGCAUUUAAGACAAUCAAUAGACUGUUCAUUUUCACUUAAUCAGUUUACACAUCAUUUAUAUUUGUUUACAGAACUACUUGCAAGCUGAUUAAAGGUUUUUAAGAUCAAAAGAAACUGUAAUUCAGAAGUGUGUCCAAACCUUUGACUGGAGGUGUAUAUAGGCAAUGCAAUGUGCAGAGAAUUGUUGAUGGUGUUUUUUAAGGUGUGGUUAGAUACACUGCAUUAAAUUGUUUUUGUUUUUGUUUUUUAACAGUAUUUUUCUCUCCUUUUUCAGUAAAUAUGUCAUAUGUAAAAUAUGUAAAGCAAUAUAUGUUUACAUGACAAUCAAAAUGACAAAAUAUUAAGUGUUGUUUUCAAAAACAUCUAACAAAAUUUAGUGAGUUU